UGAAGAAGAUGAGAGGAGAGAGGGAGGGGUGUUGUGCUGGUGGUGCUUGUGCUCGCCAGUUUUCAAAGCACCUUUCUCUCUCUAAAUCCAGGUUUUCUCCCUCAAAAUAACAUAGUUUCUCUCUCUAAAUCCGUGUUUCUCUUUCUAAAACCCAGUUUUCUUCGCUCCAAAAACCUGUUGGCGUGCUUAGUUUUGUUACGUUAUAAGUACCAAACCCUCGAGCCCUCUCUCUUUUCUCCAUCACAGAACAAGCAAUAUGCGGAGAGGGAGGGCGGCUCCGACGGCUACACUGGCAACGUCGGCGGCAGGGGGGGCCGGUGGAUCUGGGUUCGUCAAAGAUAUGAGGUAUCGGGGUGUGAGGAAGAGGCCAUGGGGGAGGUUUGCGGCAGAGAUAAGAGACCCGUGGAAGAAGACAAGGGUUUGGUUGGGGACGUUCGACUCGCCGGAGGAGGCGGCAAGGGCGUACGACGCGGCUGCGAGGACUCUCCGGGGGCCCAAGGCAAAAACAAACUUUCCGGCGUUGUCGGGGGCAGCGGUGGCGGUGCCGGCGUUUGAUCGGAACCUUAACGGUCAGUUCGGUGACGGCCACCGCAACCGGGUGUACCGAGCGGAUCAGUUUCAGGAGCAGCAGAUUCACGCCCAGAGGCCGACGUCGAGUGGCAUGAGCAGCACCGUGGAGUCCUUUAGCGGCCCUCGCCCAGCUCCGGCAAAUCUACCUCCGGCGACGUUGCGCCGGCACCCCCGUAGCCCUCCGCUUCUACCCGACGAUUGCCACAGUGACUGCGACUCGUCGUCCUCGGUGAUCGACAACGGAGACAUCGCUGCUGCAACUUCUGUUCGAAAACCCCUCCCUUUCGAUCUCAAUGUUAUGCCGUCCGACGAUGACGAGCUCAUCAUGGGUGAUCUCCACAGCACGGCUUUGCGCCUCUGAUGAUGAUCCAUGUUUUUUUUUUUAUAAAAAAAAUCUUUUUUCCUUCCCCCCUUUCCCUCUCUGUGCUGUUCUCUCGUCUGUUCUCAUGCUUAAAAAAGCAGAAAAAGAAAGGAUAUCAGAAAAUAUUUAGAUAAAAUGGUUUUACUUCUGUGAAUCUGGGCUUUGUGUUGGAAGAGAAUCAAUCUUUUUAUCAUCUUUUUGUUAGCAUAUGUGUGGAUUAGCGUGUGUUCAGAUUAUGAGAUCUGGUUUCUUCAACUUUGUGGGCUUUGAACUUUGAUCAUAUCCGAGUUAGGGUUUUACAAAUCUUGAUCUUUGAUACCUCUUACCCAUGUACAAAAAUAAACUUCAGUGCUCAUUCUACUGAAAGGGAAUUAAAAUCUCUAGUUUUUGCCAUGUUUCCUUUUUCUACAGUAUGAUUCAUAGACGAAUAUAAACAUUACACUGUGGGGUUUGUAUAAAAUUUAUUUGUUUUUCAUUCAUGUUUGUACUCUAUUCUUGAGAGUAUUGAUGUGAAUGGGAUCUUAAGAGAGGUCUGAUUUUGUUUUGGGUGAUCUAGAAUCAUACAAUGUAUGAUGUGUGUCUAGUUAUUUUAGAAUCGUUUACAAAAACAGCAUGGUAGAUCAAGGAGGUGGUUGUCAGGCCUUGCAUCCAUCUUGAUAAGGUUUUUGAUAAGAACAAAAUUUAUUGCACAUGUAAUGCUUGUUAUGUACACUACAGGUGUAACUUUGUUUUAUUUAUUUAUUUAUUUUAUUUUUCGUUUUCUUUCUGGAUGUGAGUUGUUGAUCUUUUACAUUGCUCAAGACAUCAUAAGCUCAUUGUUUUGAAUAGAAUUUUGAGGGGGUAUGCUUAGAUGUUCUGCAUGGUUACGGUUAUUCGGUAACCAGUGCCAUAGUUUUGGAAAUUUGGAUUCUUAAUUAUGUGGGUUUAUCCUUGUUAGGUGUUCUGGAAAAAGUGGUAGCCAUGGUUAAUUGUUGCUCGUUGUUCAUAUGCCAUGAUUUUGGUAAUUUGGAUGCUUAGCUUUGAAGGGUUACCGUUAUUCGUUAGUUGUUAUUAGUUAAUCGUUGGCCGUAUUUUUGGUAGUAUAGAUGCUUUUAAUGGGUUUAACCUUUGUGCAGAAACUUUUAUUUUAGAAGUUGCAGAGGUCGUUUACAACGGUUACAAAUCUAGCAGAUUCUAUGCUUUUAGAUCCUUCUCUUGUUUGUCUUCACAAUAUAUCUUGGAGAAGCAUUAACGAUAUUUUGUCGUCUACUGUGAUAUUAGUUAUUCAUCUGACAGUGGUUGCUCUCCACAAUAAUAUUAUGGAGUAUUGCAGACUUGAAGUGGGGUUUAGAUAGGAGGGCAAGUUUUUGGAAUGGAUGCGGCUCUCAGACUCGAUAUAGGUUCAUAUCUUCUUCAAACUUGCUGAAGUUUGACCAAUGAAACCAUUCUGGUGCUACCUUGCCCAUAUCUCUGCAUCGGUUCACUACAUUCCUUGAUGUAGAUGAUCGCAGGCAUUUAGAGUAAAACUAGUUUCAAUUUUAAAUUCAGGUCCAAGCGUAUUGAAAUAGUAGCCCUCGUGCUUAAUUUUGUGCUCUUUGAUUCUUCCUAAUUGUGAGGCCAGUUUUGAGUGUGUGCUACUAACCAACCAUACGCUGACUGGGUUGUGAGAAAUGAAAACUUUAUGUGUUCACUGACAUUAUUUAUUUUGUAGUUAAUCACUUGGUUCUCCACAGUGAUAUCAACCUGAACGUAAUUCCCUCAUGAAUUAUUGCUUUUAAUGUUUUGAUUUGGUUUCCUGAGGUCGACCAUCCGAGGCCAUAUGGAUGCCAGUGCACGUUGCUGUUAAGCCACAGAAUGAGAACAUUGGCAGGCACCCUGAAACUGACUUUUGGGACCCAAAGUGCCUUUCAUGGCAUUUUCCUUCUGUCCUGUCCUCAGUGUUCCUCCAAAGUAUGGUGAUGCUUCUUGGAGAGCCCUUGUCAUGGCGUUUUCUUGCCGGUCUGUGCUGAGAGUUGCUUCCAAGCCAUGGUGAUGGUUAUGGGAGAGUCCCUUAGAACUCUGCACAAAGGUGAGCAUAUUCUCUCUCCUUUUUUCAUUUUUUAUUUUUUGCCCUUUUCCUUUAUGCAGGACAUGUGAUGGACUGCACCCUCCAAUUUGACUCUUUUGUUGGAUUGUAUUGGGGUUGUGUGGUCCAUGUAUCCCAUUUACUCGUACUACUCUCCAUUAUAGGUCUUGUUCAUGGGUGGUCUAUUAAUCUACUGGGAGGUGGGUCAAGCUUUGCCCGCCAACAAGGCUUCUUUCUUAACCUAGGGAGAUGGUUGUGGUCAUGAGGUUAGGGCCCACAACACCAUCGAUGUUCUAUGAAGUUUAUAUGUAUAUAUAUAUAUAUUCAAAGGUUGUAUGUGUAAGUAUUACAAAAGCUUCUUUACAAUGCUA